AUGGCUGACGAUAAAAAUGCAUCCUCACAUUUUUCUCCUUUCUCUAGUAAUGAAUUCCUAAAAGAGAAUUCUUCAAUAUCUGAGAGUGAACAUAUAUUCUCUCAAACCACCAACCCAAACACAUUGAUGAUUUCUGAGCUCACUGAAGAGUCAAUGGAGGACAAUCCCUCGUCCUCUGCUGGAAGACACAUGGGUAGACCUUCAGGGUCAAAGAACAAACCCAAACCACCCAUGAUUAUCAUGGAAAACUCAAUAGCUGAUAUGGAAAAUAUUAUUCUUGAGAUUCCAAUUGGAAAUGAUGUUGUGGAGACCAUAAUCGACUUUGCUAAGCGUCAUGAAGCUAGAAUAGUCGUGGUGAACGGUUCUGGUCUUGUCUCUGACGUUACACUUCUUCUUCCGAAUUCUCGUAUCCCAGCUUUCCAAUUGGAUGGUCCGUUUAAUGUGUUAUCACUAGCUGGAGCGUAUUUAAACCCUGAUUAUGCCGCUUUUUCCCUUCAGCUCUCUGGAUCUCGAGGGCAAGUGUUUGGCGGAGUGAUUGGAGGAAAAAUUAAUGCUGCUAGCGACAUUCAUAUUUCAGCCUCUCUUUUUAAGAGGCCUGAAUUCAUUAAAGCGGUCACCACUAAUGGAAAUGUUCAAUUAUUUGAAGACUAUGACAUUGCAACAAUUACUGGUUGUGCUGAUGCUAAUAAUGGUGGUGAAACUCAAUCAGUUGAUCAAAUUCUCCCUUAG